AAAGGAAGAAGAAGAAAGCAGUGACACGCUGGGUAAAGACCAUGUGGCGGAGCUGUUCUUCACGGGAAUUUGUGGUGGCAUCAAAUCAAGUAAAAUAGUCUUAAAAUGAUUGCUAUUUAGUAUAGCAAUACAGUAUAUAUUAUAGUAGCGUUCGGUUUUUCAUCUAGCGUCUGGAGAUACAUCUCAUCCAACAAUGUCGAAAUCAAAGUCCAAAAACCAGAAAAAAAACCGGCUACAGGCCAACCAUUUGCAAGAAGAGUCCUUUGCGACUGUUCCCCAUUCGUUCGUGUUUCAUCGUGGCCUGAUCGGCAAAAAUGUCAGCCAGCUCGUGCUCGACAUGCGGCGAAUCAUGCAACCCUUCACUGCAGAGGCCAUGAAGGUCAAGAAAAAGAACGUGCUAAAAGACUUUGUCUCCAUAGCUGGACCAUUGGGAGUGACCCAUUUCAUGAUUUUCAGCAAGACACCCCACACUCUUAGCAUGAGGCUUGCUCGAGUCCCUAGAGGUCCUAUGCUUCACUUUAAAGUUAUAAAGUAUGCUCUUGUAAAAGACGUGAUCUCGUCUCUGAAGAGACACAGAAUGCACGAGCAGCAGUUUACACACCACCCCCUGCUCAUCCUAAAUAACUUUGGCGUGGAAGGCAUGCAUGUCAAGCUCAUGGCCACCAUGUUCCAAAACAUGUUCCCCUCCAUCAAUGUGCACAAGGUAAACCUCAAUAGUAUAAAGAGGUGUGUUUUGCUGAAUUACGAUCCAGUGUCCCAAGAGGUUGAGCUCCGUCAUUACAGCCUGAAGGUUGUGCCCGUGGGCAUGAGCCGAGGAGUGAAGAAGCUGAUGCAGGAGAGGUUCCCCAACAUGAACAAGUUUGAGGACAUCAGUGAGCUUCUGAUGAAGGGGGCCAACCUUUCAGAGAGCGAGGCCGAGCUCGACGGCGACCACAACAUCACGGAGCUACCGCAGGCCUGCGCCGGCCGCGGGAACAUGGCGUCACAGCAGAGCGCCGUACGCUUGACGGAGAUCGGCCCUCGCAUGACCCUGAAGCUCAUGAAGAUCCAAGAAGGCAUGGGGGACGGCGACGUUCUCUAUCACGCUGCCAUAUUUAAGACGGAGGAAGAGCUUCAGGAGAUCCUGAACAGGAAGGAGGCCCAGCUGAAGGAGAAGGACGCACGCCGCAAAAAACAGGCGCAAAAUGUUGCCGAGAAACUGGCGAAACGGGAACAGCACAAAAACAAAAGCCUGGAAGGCAUUAAAAGGAAGCGGGAAGAGGAGGAAGACAGUGAAGUGGAGGACCCGGGCGUUCAGGGUGAUAAAGUCCCUGUGGUGGAGUCUGAUGAUGAGGCCGAGUACUACAGACAGGCCGUGGGUCAGGAGCCAGAAGAAGGCAUGUUCCCACCCCCCAAGAAGAGGCGUGCACCCAGAGAGCACACGGGGAGCUUCGCAAGGGGGAAUAAGUUCCAUGGUAAAUCGCCGCGGGAGGGUGGACACGGCAGAUCCCCCGGGGGAAAUGCUCCCGGCAAGCAUUUCAGAGACCGGGAUUCAAGAUCGCCCAAGGACCAUGGCCCUCCAAGGCACUUCAAAGAUGGCGGUCACCACCAAAAGGGAGGGAAGAAAUUUGAGGGUAGCCCCCGGCCUUUUGGACAGAAAAGUGGGUUUGUCGGCAAGUCGUUUGGGGCCAAAAAAUCGGGGGAUGGAGGGAACAAGUUUCGCGGUAAGGGAGGCGCCACUGGUGGCAAAUUUGGACAGAAAAACAAAGCUGGUUUUAAAUCCAAGGGUGACGGUGGCAAAUCGGGCUUCAAGAAGGGUGCAGGAGCUGGAGCGAAGCAACGGAAAGGCAGAAAAUGAUAUACUUGUAGGACCUGAGAUUGUGAUUCUUUGGUACAAAUGGAGCACCAGGUGGCAGUAUGGACACAAACAAGACCAUGCCUUUGGAAGUUACAUCCAUUUGAAUUAUACUGAUUGCUGAAAUUCAGCAAAAGCAGAGAUUGUCAUGUUUUAUACUCUAUGGUAUAAAUAAAGAAAUGUACAUUGAGCAUAUAUGUAUCAUAAUUCCUGAGUUUUUCACAAUGUUUGCACAAAUAAACUUGUUAUUGCCCACAAUA